AGGAACUGAAAGCAUGGGGGCGCGCGCAAUUCCGUUCUUGGAGAAAGUGCCGACAAGAGAAAGGAUGAGAUGAGAGCUCCGCAUAAGGCAUCUUCACUUUUAGAACAGCGCAACCGUAGGAAUCUGAGGCACUGCAUAUGUGUUACCUUACCUUACCUAUACACCUUUGUGUAAUGACCCCAUUUGUCACUGGCAAGACGGCAUUCUCCUAAAGGUUAUCACAUCUUUAAAAGCGGCAUAUGAUAGACAAGACGCAAGCCUAGUUUAACCUGGAAUGUACACAGUAACUACCUGUUAUUAUAAGGCAGUUAGCAAAGCAACAGUUCACGUGUGAGAGUGCAUGUCAACCACCAGCACCAAAACCAGCUCUGUCUGGUUCCUACUCAACUAUAUCCAAGGGAAAACAGUGAAUAUAUAUUUUAAUCUCUACAUAAUCUUUUCUUUAUAUGCAGUUUACUACUCAAGACAGCUAAAGUAAGUGUUUACGAGAAUCACAGUUUAUGUAAAACUGCUAAAUCGAAGACAUCCUAUCGUCAGACCGAUAUCCGACUAUCUUAACCCUCCUGUGAUAAUAGAAACCAGCUAAAUUCAAUGGAUACGUGCAGACCACAGUCUAGCCACCUGCUCACAGCCACCUGAAAGUUAGCUACAUUUAGCAUAAUCUAGCUAGCCAGCCCCCCCUCCAUUCCUCCUAAAACUCCCGGAAUCUCCCCCACCCUCGAGUCGUCAUGGCGUCAGUGCGGUUCACCGUCACGCCCACCAAGGCGGAGGACCUACCAGGGCUCUCGGACACGUCACCUGACAUCAGCUCCCGCUCAAGCGGGCGCGUUCGUUUCGGUUCCCGGGAGAGCGUCCACCGCAGUGACCCAAUCAGCGAUGGCUCAGGGGGCGGUGGGAUGGGCGGGGCUGAGACACCGGACUGCAGCAACACGGAGCAAGGUGAUGGCAAUUCCAAAGUGUCGAGCGUCUACAUCAAUAACACUCACGGGGUGGACGACGAUGAUUUCUACGACAGGAACUUGGCGUUGUUUGAGGAGGAGAUGGACACCAGACCCAAGGUGUCGUCCCUGCUGAGCCGCCUGGCCAACUACACCAACCUCAUGCAGGGAGCCAAGGAGCACGAGGAGGCCGAGGGCAUCGGGGAGAAGAGGAAACCCAGGAAGUCCCCCCAGAUGGGGACCUUCAUGGUGUACCUGCCGUGCCUGCAGAACAUCUUCGGGGUCAUCCUGUUCCUGAGGCUCACCUGGGUGGUGGGCACGGCCGGCGUGCUGCAGGCCCUCUGCAUCGUGUUCAUCUGCUGCUGCUGUACGUUGCUCACUGCUAUAUCAAUGAGUGCCAUCGCCACCAAUGGAGUCGUCCCAGCGGGAGGAUCCUACUUCAUGAUCUCCAGGUCUCUGGGUCCAGAGUUCGGCGGGGCGGUGGGCCUGUGUUUCUACCUGGGCACCACCUUCGCUGGGGCCAUGUACAUCCUAGGAGCCAUCGAGAUCCUGCUGGUGGGAACCCUCAACUCCCUCCUUCCUCACCUCCCUCCUUCCUCACCUCCCUCCAACCUCAGCCCGGCAGGAGAACUCACCCCCUUGCCUUCAGAACCUCAGCCCUGCAGGGUUCCACUCGUCCGCUCAUCUGUUCUCCGUUCUGCAGAGAACCUGUGGAGUUCCUACCUGAGCAAAGGGGAGGUGCUCGAGAAGAGGUCCCUCCCUUCCUCAGGGGCCAGCCACCCGCAGACCAAUCGGCUGCCCUACGUGUUCGCCGACAUCACCACCUCCUUCACCCUAUUGGUGGGCAUCUUCUUCCCUUCGGUCACAGGUAUCAUGGCAGGCUCUAACAGGUCAGGAGAUCUGAGGGAUGCUCAGCGUUCCAUCCAUGGAACCAUCCUGGCCAUCCUCACCACCUCCCUCGUCUACCUCAGCAGUGUGGUUCUGUUUGGAUCCUGCAUCGAGGGAGUCCUGCUCAGAGACAAGUUUGGUGACUCAGUGAAGGGUAAGCUGGUCGUGGGAACUCUCGUGCCCUCCCACUGGGUUAUCGUGAUUGGUUCCUUCUUCUCGACUUGCGGGGCAGGCCUCCAAUCGUUGACGGGCGCUCCCCGCCUCCUGCAGGCCAUCGCCAAGGACAACAUCGUCCCCUUCCUCAGGGUGUUUGGUCAUGGGAAGGCUAAUGGAGAGCCCACCUGGGCCCUGCUGCUGACUGCUCUGAUCGCUGAGCUGGGCAUCCUGAUCGCCUCUCUGGACAUGGUGGCCCCCAUCCUCUCCAUGUUCUUCCUGAUGUGUUAUCUGUUUGUGAACCUGGCCUGUGCCCUGCAGACCCUGCUGAGGACUCCCAACUGGAGACCUCGCUUCUCCUACUACCACUGGUCCUUGUCGUUUCUGGGCAUGAUCAUCUGCCUGGCUCUGAUGUUCAUUUCCUCGUGGUACUACGCUCUCGUUGCCAUGGUGAUCGCUGGCAUGAUCUACAAGUACAUCGAGUACCACGGAGCAGAGAAGGAGUGGGGUGAUGGGAUCCGUGGGCUGUCGCUCAGUGCUGCUCGCUACGCCCUCUUGAGGCUGGAGGAGGGGCCGCCACACACCAAGAACUGGAGGCCCCAGCUGCUGGUGCUGUUGAAGCUGGAUGAGGACGCCCACGUCAAGUCUCCCCGCCUGCUCACGUUCGCCUCCCAGCUGAAGGCCGGGAAGGGCCUGACCAUCGUGGGGACGGUCAUCCCUGGGAACUACCUCCACAGCUACGGGGAGGCCCUGGCUGCAGAGCAGACUCUGAAGCACCUGAUGGAUAAGGAGAAGGUGAAGGGUUUCUGCCAGUGCAUCGUGGCCCAGAAGCCCCGCGAGGGCAUCAGUCACAUGAUCCAGUCCAGCGGCCUGGGAGGCAUGAGGCACAACACGGUGGUGAUGGGCUGGCCCCUGGCCUGGAGGCAGAGCGAGGACCCCCAGUCCUGGAAGACCUUCAUCAACACGGUGAGGGUCACCACGGCGGCCCACAUGGCCCUGCUGGUCCCCAAGAACAUCUCUCUGUUCCCGGGCAGCAGCGAGCCGUGCAGCGAGGGCACCAUCGACGUGUGGUGGAUCGUCCACGACGGGGGCAUGCUCAUGCUGCUGCCCUUCCUGCUGCGCCAGCACAAGGUGUGGCGUAAGUGUGGCAUGCGUAUCUUCACGGUGGCCCAGAUGGAGGACAACUCCAUUCAGAUGAAGAAGGACCUGGCCACCUUCCUGUACCACCUGCGCAUAGAGGCUGAGGUGGAGGUGGUGGAGAUGCAUAACAGUGACAUCAGUGCGUACACGUAUGAGAGGACCCUGAUGAUGGAGCAGCGCUCUCAGAUGCUGAGGCAGAUGAGGCUGUCAAAGUCCGACAGAGAGAAAGAGGCCCAGCUGGUGAAGGACCGUAACUCCAUGCUGCGUCUGACCAGCAUCGGCUCGGACGACGACGAGGACACCGACGCCCCCGGGGGGGGCGCGGCGAAUUCUGAGAAGUCGGGAGGGGGCGGGGAGGGGGGGGGGGCGGGAGGGGGCGGGGGGUCGGUGCCGGAGCACAGGCGGGUCCACAUGACCUGGACUAAGGAGAGGGCACAGCAGUACCGAGCCACGCAGUCUGGCUGCAGCACCCCGGAGGGCUUCAGAGACAUGCUCAGCAUCAGGCCGGAUCACUCCAACGUGCGCCGCAUGCACACGGCCGUCAGGCUGAACGAGGUCAUCGUCAACAAGUCCCAUGAUGCUCGGCUGGUCCUGCUCAACAUGCCGGGGCCUCCCAGGAACGCCGACGGGGACGAGAACUACAUGGAGUUCCUGGAGGUGCUGACGGAGGGCCUGGAACGCGUCCUAUUGGUCAGGGGAGGAGGAAGUGAGGUCAUCACCAUCUACUCCUGAUUGGCCACAACAGCGAAACCAGCUCAUCAACCCAAAUCAGCCAAUAAAGUAAAAAAAAGAAAUGCCAAUGGGGGCGGGGCUAAGGAGUCCCCGAGGUCAGACAGCUUUUAAAGGACUGUCAUUGGCCAGGGCUUGGAUAGAGCCUUCCCCCUACACCUAGCUGUCAGUCAUUAUCUUUAAGGUUUCACCAUUCCACAAAAAAAGACAAGCUACAAAAGCCAACACGAUUCCUCAAAUGAACUAAGUGCAAGAGUGCUCAAGUGUGUGUGUGUGUGUGUGUGUGUGUGUGUGUGUGUGUGUGUGUUCACAUGUCGAAUGUGUACCGUACUGUAGUUGGGUCUUCGGACGAGUGUGGUAUUAAUGAGUGUAUGGACUUUCAUGAUACAGAGGACCAAUGAAUGAACCAUCACCACCACAGUGGAUAGAAUAUUCUGGAACAGAGUGUGUGUUCCACUGAGUGACUCAGGGUUCUAAUUUGUAGAAGUGUUCGAGACUGGAAAAAAGUAAGCUCUCUGCUUUGUGUGUCUGGUUUUCUGUCUUGUCUGGGAAUGACGGUGUGUGUGUGUGUGUAAGGUUAGUUAGGAGAGUGGACACGGUGGCUUCAAGAGUAGAAAACAAACUUGUAGAGAACAGGAAGGUUUGCAUAUCAAGCAGUGCGGAGCGAGUUUCCGAAGAGCGGUUAGUAAACAGUGUUUGCAGAGGGCUUGUUUUACAUUGCACCACCGUUGUUAUAAACACCGUCACACUGCAUGCUAUUGCAACGCUGUAUUUGUGUUGCUUUGUCGUUCGUACGACGUUUUAUCGACGUGUGUGUGAUUGGUUGAUCAUACGAUGGUGCGCUUACACCCUGGGAAGUCACGUGGGAUUCCUGCUAUGCGGUUAUGCUGCUUAUCGGCGUCACCCUAUCCCCUUUUAUUUACAGUGUGUCCUGAUGGUAGCCUUCUAGGCAUUGAUCAGUGGUUUGUGCGUGCGUGCGUGCGUGCGGGACGUGCCUCCUACAACGCUUGUGAACUCGUGCUAAUAGGAGACGAAACAAACUGGAGGUAUUUUAAAUUCCACUCAACUGUCCUUCUCAGUGUUCUGACUUUUGUUUUUAAGGGAAUCUGUUUAUUUCUCCCUAACAGUUUUUGCUUGUACAUAAGUCCUGAGUUUUUUUUUAUUAUAUUAAUAUAAAAAUAUGAAAAAGACUGCUUGAAAAAUGGUAAUAAAACCAAUUUUGA